AUGAACCCGAUGUCAAUGGACAGAGAUGAGCCUUCUUCGUUGUUAUCUUUUUCAACGAACCAUCCUUUGGAACAGUUUGUGUUGUUAGCGAAAGGAGCUAAAGGAUCGGCAUGUGCGGAGCUAAUCAAACAAGUGUUAGAAGCGCCAGGAGUCCACGUAUUUGGAGAGCUUCUUGAAAUGCCGAAUAUCAAAGAGUUGGAAACUGGACCAUAUGCCACUCAUCUGAAGACUCUAAAUCUAUUUGCAUAUGGCACAUACAAAGACUACUUGGAGAAUAAGUCUGAAUAUUUAGAACUGACUCCAGCUCAAUGCAAGAAAUUGCAACACUUGACUAUAGCUACGCUGGCCACACAGGAGAAAUGUAUCCCCUAUAGCGUGUUACUCAAGGAAUUAGAUAUAAAAAAUGUGAGAGAUUUGGAGGAUCUUAUUAUAGAAGCUAUUUACGCAGAUAUCAUCCAUGGCAAGUUAGAUCAGGAAUGUAAGAGAGUAGAAGUUGAUGUUGCAUUGGGCCGAGAUGCUCGUCUUGAGGAUGCGUCUUCCAUUGCUGAUGUUCUUGCAGACUGGUGUAACGCUUGCGAAGCUGUACUCAAUUCUGUAGACAGACAUAUACAGCGAGCCAACCAUCAUAAACAAAGAGCUAUUAGACAUCAACAGAAUAUUGAUCAAGAGAUUCAAUACAUAAAGAAGACUUUGAAAUCGCAAGUAGAAAAUGACGAGUCAGCUACUGGCGGUGGCAGUGAGACCCAUUCGGCGCCAAAGAAGAAUUCUGGCAAAGGCAAGACUCCUCGCAAUGCUGCCAAGUUUUGGCAGAAGAACACAUAA